CCCCCACCCAAGCUUGUUUGGACUCUGGGCUUCCAUCCCCCAUCCAACCUCCACGUCGACACCCCUGAAGAUCCGGGGAUAGGUCGGGUGGAAAGCCGUGGCACCGUGCCGCAACAUCACCUUCGCCCUUUCAGUCUUCAAUAAUUUCCGCGGGAUUGGUGCAAAAUGCCUUCGAUAAGGGAUGCAAGCGACAUUGUGGAGAAAGGUACUGUUAGACGCAGAAUCCAGAUCUCACCACCUCGUCCGUUCUCCCCGUGUUAACCCCUCCCCUUUGUUACUUAUGGUUCAGCGGCCUAGUGGCAGUGUUAAUGCCUAACCAAGCUCUUUCAUCUCUUCUUCGCCCAACACUAAACAGCUAACGACAAUACACACAAAUUACUUUGAUAUGCUCAGCACGACAGAGCUUCCGAAGGCAAUGUUGGCCGCGCGUGCGCAUGAGGGCUCCACGGAAGUCCAUCUAGAUACAAUCCCCGUUCCCGAAAUUGGCCCUGUGGAUGUUCUCAUCAAAGUUGCUGCGGCUGGUUUGAACUUGGGGAUAUUUGCUAAUGUGGAAACCCAACGGUAUAAGCACACCCCCACUGUUCUUGGACACGAGGUUGCAGGCACUAUUGUCGCCAUAGGUGAAGAUGUCUCCUCUGCUAGCCUGGGGGACCGGGUGCGACUACAUCCCAACCUCUCUUGCCGACAGUGCAAGUUCUGUGUCAGCGAUCGGGAACAGAUGUGUCCCGACGCGGCCAUGAUGGGCUUCCUCGGAUUUGGAAAGGGGAAACAGCCUCUGUUUGAGAAGUACCACAACGGCGGGCUAGCAGAAUACGUUAAAGCACCAUACUGGCUGAUUGACACCAUUCCGGAAAAUGUGAGCUUCGACGUUGCUGCAAAGGUGCAGGACCUUGCAUGCGCAGUACGAGCACUCAAGUGUGCAGAUCUCCAACCCAGGUCGACCGUCAUUGUUACGGCAGCGACAGGAUCCAUGGGGGUGGCUACUCUUAAGCUUGCCGAGUUCUUCCCUAUAGAUCGUCUCAUCCUCGUGGCCCGGUCCGCUGAACGUCUCAAAGACGUUCAGAGGCUGUCUAAGGUCCCGACAGAAGUUAUUGCGCUCGAUGAACUUGGCGACUGGCCCAUAACAAACAGCCUAGUGCGCAGACUAAGAGAAAUCGCCCCUGCCGGAGCUGACGCUAUCAUCGACUACAUGCCCACCUCCAUUGGCACCGAUAUCUGGCAAGUCAUGGGGGGAUUGGGCUAUGGCGGAUAUCUCGUACACAUGGGAGGAAACGGCACCUCGCUGCCGCUGCCUGUGGUGGCCUUAAUGGUCCACUGCUGGAAGAUUGUUGGUACAAGAGGAAAUACAAGGAGUGACACAAAGUUUGUUCUAGAUAAAUUGUCGGACGGAACCUUAAACGUGGAUGAAUUGGUUAGUCACCGAUUUGCGCUGAGUGAUUUAAAGCAGGUGGUGUUGUCGGUGACGCACCGGUCUCCGCCUAUGUGGAUGGGUGUGGUUCAUCCAUGAAUUAGCUAGAUAUUUUUGAAAUAUCUAUGUAUAAAGUCAUGUUUUUGAGCUUUUAUAUUUGGAUUCAACUCCCUAGUGACCUAUCGGAUGUAUAUCGCAAAUACCAGACAACCCCUUUAUAGUGCUCCAUGUCGCCUUG